AUGGCCAUUAAUCUGAUGCCAUCGAAGAUACCUUCUGGACCGGUUUGUACGGAGCUACAUGUGUUGCUGGAUUCCAUUUCGGGUAUAAGCAUAGCCAUUGCGCUGUCACAGUUACUAGCUCUUGACGCAGGAGCUCUUAAGGGUCUCUGCUGUAUCUUAACCUGUUCGUGCUAUGCGCAUGCGCUAGCUGGUGCCAAAAAUGAGCAUAAUCAAUGCGAGAAAGAGCCAGGCUCCCUUACAUUAGAAAGGAACACUGCCUCGUGUGGCUGCUCGUUCUGUUACCAAAAUUUAACCUGCUUCGUUUUGCCCAUCAUAAAGACGGUUGUGCUUCCAGCGGAGGUUGUAGCUUCAGAGCUCGGGAGCAUUCGGGGUCACGGCACUUAUUCCGAGGGUGAAAAGCUUUUUGCAUCUACUGCUGGAGUGGUAGAAAAAGUGAACAAACUCGUUUGUGUGCGCCCAUUAAAAACUAAAUAUAACGGGGAGAUUGGUGACAUUGUAGUUGGAAGAGUAACAGAAGUUUUACAACGAAAGUGGAAGGUUGAUACUAACUCAAGAGUUGAUUCGAUACUUCAACUUUCCGCAGUUAAUCUUCCUGGAAACGUUACACGCCGUAGGACCGCUGCAGAUGAACUUUUAAUGAGAGAAUAUUUUGUGGAAGGAGAUUUAUUAGCAGCUGAAGUUCAGAGUAUUUCUCAUAUUGACGGUUCUUUGUCCCUUCAUAGAGUUAAAACCGGUCAGAAGCUUACUCACGGGAGUUUUCUGAAGGUGCAACCAGCACUUAUCAAGAGGACUAAAACGCAUUACGUUGUUUUACCUUGCGGUGUUCUGGCAAUACUGGGAGUUAACGGCUAUAUAUGGAUUAGUAUUCCUUGUAAUGAAAGCACCGGGCCGGCCGUGGAACCUAAUCUUCCGUCCUUUUCCGCUGCACAGCGGGAGACUAUAGCUCGCAUUCGCAACUGUAUAGCAGCUUUAAGCACUCAAAGCCUGAGCAUCUCCCACACUUCGAUCGCUUGCGUAUAUGAAUCCUCUCUGAGCUAUAGUGUAGAACAACUAUUAAAGCCUGAAGUGCAGGAGGAAAUUACUUCUGAAAUAAGUAACGCGAAAUAUUUAGCUAAAGGCUCCACGUUCGUGUCAAAGGUAGCCAGGCUAAUUUGGAAAAACGCGUCUCAGUCCGAGUGA